CCAUAUGUUUAGCACUGGGCCAACCCUACAUCUCCUCUUGCAGCGAACAAAACCGUCAGCUCGUUCAUUACGUCCGUAAACGUACAAGUGAUAGAAUUGUCGUGGCUUUGUUCUUAAAUUUCUUUCCGGAAGUCCCUAUUUAACUCAAGAUGGGUAGGGAGGACAAAGCUAGCUGGAAAGCAGGAUAUUUCGUAAAAAUCGUGCAACUGCUCGACGAGUUCCCAAAAUGUUUCAUCGUCGGUGCCGACAAUGUUGGCUCGCGCCAGAUGCAGAAUAUCCGUAUCUCGCUUCGUGGUUCCGCUGUCGUGUUGAUGGGAAAAAAUACCAUGAUGCGUAAGGCUAUCCGUGGUCACCUGGAGGAAAACCAGAACUUGGAGAAGUUGCUGCCCCAUAUUCGUGGAAAUGUUGGCUUCGUUUUCACUAAAGGUGAUCUUGUAGAAGUCCGCGAUAAGCUAAUGGAAAGCAAGGUCCGUGCUCCUGCUCGUGCCGGUGCGAUUGCUCCGCUGGAAGUCGUUAUCCCAGCUCAGAAUACUGGCUUGGGCCCGGAGAAAACAUCUUUCUUCCAGGCGCUGUCUAUCCCAACCAAGAUUUCGAAGGGUACAAUUGAAAUCAUCAACGAUGUGCCUAUUCUAAGACCGGGAGACAAAGUUGGUGCUUCCGAAGCAACGCUGCUCAACAUGUUGAACAUUUCUCCGUUCUCAUACGGUUUGCAAAUUGAGCAGGUUUACGAUUCGGGUUCCAUCUUCUCGCCUGAUAUUUUGGACAUCAAACCGGAAGAUUUGCGCGCCAAGUUCCAGGCAGGAGUGGCCAAUUUGGCGGCUGUGUCGCUCGAGAUCGGUUACCCAACAUUGGCAUCCGUGCCGCACAGCAUUGCCAACGGAUUCCGCAACCUGUUGGCCAUCGCUGCCGUCACCGAGGUUGAAUUCAAGGAAGCCGAAACGGUUAAGGAAUUCAUUAAGGAUCCGAGCAAAUUUGCCGCUGUUGCUGCUCCGGCUGCUGCUGCCGCCGCUGCUGCUCCUGCUGCUGCCGCUAAGGAGGAGAAAAAGGAAGAAUCGGAAUCCGAGGAUGACGAUAUGGGCUUCGGUUUGUUCGAUUAAAAGCCUCUAUGCUCGAGCAACAUCCUUCACCCAUCCUUUUCUAAUAUCUACUUCGGCGAACGGACACUUUUCCAUUGUACAAUUCGUAUCUACUCGCCCUGGACUUUGGACAGAGUUCAUAUGGCGAUAUACGACUAUAAGCUUUGUAAAUUUUCGUUCCCUUACUACAUAUUGAGGAUGCGAGAGAAAUUUAAAAAUAAGCUGGUAUUUUCCCAAUAAAAUACAUAUGCAAACUUAAAA